GGGGAACUCUUCGCCCCGGAAGCUCUUGACACUCGCUGACGUCACGCACGCGGGCUGGAUGUCAACAUGUACUUUACGUGCCUUAGAUUUCACGUUAACGGCGUAUUCGCUCACUUGCUUCCUGGUUUCCAGUAGCUGAACACAUGGCUGACGUCACACAUCCGGGGGACGCAGCGGACCUCCAGGAUCAAGUAAGACGGCCUCGCUGCCGGAAGUCUGCGUUAGUGUUAGUGCGGCCAGCACCGAUACCUGUGGGCCAGAUCGAGGAGGUGGAGGCUCUGUCCUCCAUCUACGGAGACGAGUGGUGCGUCAUCGACGAGGCCUCCAGGAUAUUCUGCAUCAGAAUAUCCGACGACCUGGAGGAGCCAAAAGUGACUGUGUGUUUACAGAUAAUGCUCCCACCUGAUUAUCCGAGUGCCGCUCCGCCCAUCUACCAGAUCAAUGCUGCGUGGCUGCGAGGCCUCGAGAGGACGGCGUUGGCGAGCGGCCUGGAGGACCUCUACGCGUGAGUUCUUUGUGACCUGAUGAUGCGCG